CCGUUGAUAUUUAAGUGGGACCGGUAUAUCCAGCGGUAGAGACAUUGAACCCGAUCGUAUUUUUAGACACUAACAACUCUCAAUCGCAUGCGGCAGCUAGCAAUGGAAUAGUGCGUACAGUCGAUGUUGAGGAUACUUGUUCAACUUAAUGGCGAUUGCGUAAAAGUAAUUUCAAUUACAAAAGAGUUACUACAAUAUGGAGACUGGAUGGCUGGUCCGGAUGAUUCUAACGACUGUUCUGGCAUUGAUCGCGUGGAAGUUAAUCCAGUUUAUUGUUCGAUACCGACACUGGUGUGCAGCUGCUAGACAUUUUCAGGAUUUAGGUCCACUACAUCCUUUCUGGGGUAACCUGCACUUGAUGAAGCACACUUCUGACUGGAUGGAUAUAGCUAAGGAUGUAAUCACUAAAGAUAAACCAAAGCUCAUCAUCACGUGGGUCACGUUCCUCUUCCCUAACUUCUCCAUGGUCCACCCAGACACUGCCAAAGAUGUGCUGAAAUCUUCUGUUCCCAAACCUACUGGAAUCGGCUCACCAUAUGGAUCUUUUGUGUCCUGGCUAGGUGACGGACUGUUGUUCAGUUCAGGAACCAAAUGGCAUAGAAAUCGAAGGAUGCUUACUCCAGCGUUCCACUUUGACAUUCUACGUCCAUAUCUCGACGUGUACAACGAUGCCUGCGACAAAUAUAUGAGCAUACUGGAGUCGUCUUCAAAGGAGGAAGAAUUUAUAGAGAUAACGGAGCCCACGACACUAGCCACUCUUGAUAUUCUUCUGAGAUGUACCCUGUCGUACGAGUCUGACGUGCAAGAACAAGGAGCAAAACACCCGUAUGUUCAGGCCGUGGAUGAGCUCACCCACUUAGCAGCUGAUAGGUUCAUAAAUCCUAUCACCCAUAUCGAUGCUGUGUACAGACUGACCAGUCGAGGCAAACGUUUCUUCCAUCUAUGUGAUUAUGUACAUGACUUCGCCAAUAAAAUCAUUCAAAACAGAAAAGAAAUCUUGACAAAUAACCCCUCCUCAGCACAGAAGCGACGUUUGGACUUCCUAGACAUGUUAAUCACCGCCAGAGACUCUAAUGGAAACGGACUGAGUGACCAAGAGAUACGGGACGAGGUCGACACCUUUAUGUUCGCAGGUCACGACACGACGGCUUCAGCGCUGAGUUGGACGUUAUAUUGUCUCGGAAAGUAUCCUGAUUAUCAGCAGAAAGUAUUUGAGGAAGUAAGAGAGAUAAUGGGUGACGGUGAUGUGGUAAAAUGGGAUGACCUGCCACGAAUGAAAAUACUCCAUCUGUUCUUAAAAGAGACGAUGCGAAUGUAUUCACCUGUACCUGUAAUCUCGCGCACCCUCAAAGAGCCUUUGGAAGUCGAUGGCGUAACUCUGCCCGCGUCAGUGGACGUUAUGAUUCAGAUAGAGUGUAUCAACCAUCACCCUGACAACUGGCCAGACCAUGAGGAAUUCAGACUCGAUCGGUUUGAAGAUCAUGCAUCCGGCGAUAAGGAUCCAUUUUCAUAUGUUCCAUUUUCUGCCGGACCAAGAAAUUGCAUUGGACAAAACUUUGCCCUGAAUGAAAUGAAAGUAAUCCUGUCCAAGGUCGUGAACAGAUUCCGUAUUGUACUCGACGAGAACCAUAAUGUUGUACCUAUAGCAGAAGUGGUCAUGAAAGCCAAAGAUGGGAUCAAAGUUAAACUAAUACACCGGUAGAUGUGAGGAUGUGAUAUGGUUCCUCUUGUCUAAAGCUGGGAUCAAACAUCGGCAAUAUCCUACUAGUCAACCAUUGAAUUUUUGGACAUCAUUUGUCAAUUUGCCCUCAAUUUUGAUUUAUUCUACGUGUCGGGUUAAAAUGGAAUUGUAAUCAAAAUGACACUUAUGCAAUGUGAUGGUUAAGGCACUCAAAAGACCAAACACAUUCUUACCAAAGGAUGAAGACAGAGGGAUUUCCAUGUCUUUUUAAUGUUCGCAGACGUCAGGCGAAUCAUUCAAUAACGUCACGUAAGAGAUAAUUACAACAUUACGUACAUACGUGCAUACGGUCAGCAGUCACUCAUUAAUACAGUGGUAUCGCCAACAAUUUACAGGUUAUUUGCCAAUUGAGCUGUAUGCACAUUUGGUGAGUGAACUUUAUAAUUAUUACAAGUUAGCUUUGUAAUAAAUAUUUCUAUAUUGCUGCAUUUACAACACCGAAUCGUCUAUCCCCGUUGUUUAUUGAAGAUUUAGAAAAUAUUUACUUUCACCAGUUAGCUGGGUUUCAGCUUGUAUUCACUUAAACGGCGACUACUGCAUCUGUUUAUUUGUAUUGUGAAAUAUCCGUACAUUAGAUUUCAAGGUCUGUGUAAAUUAUUCACAAAGACUGGCUUUAGUUUGGUUUUAUGUAAUAAUCUAUUUUCAGAACUGAGGUUACCAAUAUACAUUGUAUUUACAUAGAAAUAUCAUGCAACAUACGAACGAAAAUCAUUUCCAUUAUUUGUACAAAAGACACAUUUAAUGCGAAUUUAGAAUUAGGAUAACAUACUUGCCUUUCAGUUAUGUGUUCGGCCUGAGUUUUUUUCGCGGAAGGAACGUGAAAAGAUAUGAGGUCAUCUGCCCGACCUCGUAGGCUUUUCCCGACGUUACUCGGUUUUCUCCCAUCGCAAGACCACUCGCGGUCUUAAAACUUGUUUCGCAAUUGGUGUUAUAUAGAUAAGGUUUAUAUCUGUUGAUUUAGUAAAGCCAAACAAUGAAUUCAUCUGCAUUCGACAGUUGUUUCGUCCCUCUGGGACUCGUCAAUGAUAUCAAGGGCCAUAAGUUUAAGGAAAAACAUUUUAAGUGAUUCAAUAUCAAUGAGACUUUGCUGGUAUUUGUUAAAGGGAGAUCAAUCUCGACGGAUUGGAUUUGAGUUGAAAUAACGAAUAUUUCGUAAAGAAGAUUUGAAAAAUGUCCUCGUGUGGUCAUUUUGUCUAAUUUAUUCAACAUGUUCUCAGAUCAGUACCAUCCUCAACAUAAAUAUUUAAAUUAUAAUAUAGAUGCUUAUGAAAUUGUUAAACGAUAUAUGGAUUGAAGUAUAAACGAAUGGUUUUGCCUAAGCACGAGUAGGUACGAUUACUUUUAACCUUACAAGAUUAUUCAAUCAGCAAUGAAGGGAAUUACCUGCUAAGAAACUAGCUGCAGUUUUGAUACACUUGUUUUAAUACAAUUCCUUUAUAAGGCAAUACACAUCCACGUAUAGAUUCUGACAAUUAUUUUGAUAAAUUUUGAUUUUCUUCAGCCACCUCCUGGCUUCAAAAUUUUGACCCUUAGUAUCACGGACGAGGCUUAGAAGGAGGAUACAGUUAUAUGAGGCAGUCUAAUAUUAGAUGGGCUGUAUGUAGUUCCAAAUUUGUAUUGAAAGGUGUUUUCACUUGUGUGUCUUGUGCGAUCUUCGAGAUGGCAAGUGUCAGAUAAACGCUGCCGUAACCUCUAUGUCACAUUUUAUUGUUUUUUUUUCGAAAAGUGGCAAUGCUCAGAAUAUGCACAUGUACUUAACGUUCUUUCGAAAUUAUCACAGAUAGGAAAAUUAUGAAAAUCUAUUGAAUUACGGUGGACCUCCUAUUUAAAAAAAUGACCCUUUCGUUAUGAAUAUUAUUUUUCCUUAGUCGCUUCCAAAGCUUCAUUAUUUAGGACUUUAGCAUCACUGACGAGUCAUAGAAAUGUAAACGGGCUGUGUGAUGCAAUUUUAUUAUUUUUUUUAAUUUCUGUUUUACUAAUUCUGAAUUUGUAUUGGAAAGUGUUUUCCUGUUGUGUGACAUUUUUUCAAAACAGGGGAAAUACUAUCAAGUUGACGGAAUCAUAAUUCCAACACAAAUUUGAUAAAACCAGGGCGAAAUAUGAGCAAAGGAAAAAUUACAGAAAGGGCUAUGUGAAUAAGACCAUCAUUUCGGGAAGGGUAAAUGUCUUCUGCUUCAUCGACGACACCUGCCAUGCAAAUCUUGGUCAAUCUAAGUAAGUAAUGUCACGUUCCCAAAUGAGAACAAGGUAAACGACAACGUGAACACUUUUUAUCAUUUUUAUGAUUUCGUCCUUCAUUUCUUCUAUGGUUUGAACGUGUUUUCGCGAAAUAUAUAUAUAUAUAUAUUUGUAACGCUGAUCAUCUUUAUUGGUAAAGAAAGAUUUCAUAUCGAGAGCACGAAGUUUACCCUGCGACUUAAAAUGUGGUAUUGUGGUGUACAAAGUGUUGCCGGAAUGAAAACCAUUCAUGACAAUUUUCCUUUCAUUGGAUUUGAAUUUCAAAAUUUUUUUAACAAACAGGUAAAUAUGUCCAUAUAAGGAAUUCAGACUAUUCGUCCAAACGACCAUAGACAUCUGGUACGAUUUUCAUGGACGGUAUGGCUACGUGUUCCUUAUACAUAUAAUGAUAGAUGUUUGUGUUCUUAUGUUCCAUGUAAUGUUA